UGUACAUCUUUGGUUAAGUUUUUUCACAAUCUACAACAUUUUCAAGUUUCAGAAAACGUAUUGAAUCAGAAAAAAUCGACGCUCGCCGGAAAAGUCGCCGGAAAACCAUCGGGAAAGCCCAUCCUCGACGUAAACUGCGGUCACGCAUCCAUGAAUCAUCACUAAGCAGGAAAAAUGUCAGAGUGGUUACCGGCCGAUCAUGAUUACACAGCAGAAUUUGAGAAUGGGAUCCAUUAUGCAAGUGUGGAGUUAGCUGAGUUAGCUGCAAUAGCAAUCGCUCAGGAGAACGGGUUCUUUAUUGUUAGAGGAGCAUGGAAACCGAAUACUUCUGGA